AUGGUUGACCAAGCCGACAUGUCGGCCCUGAUACGUCGCAAGAGGAAGAGGGCUGACGCAGACGACAGCCGCAACAUUGGCGAAGCUCCACCCUCUCGUACGAAGCAGCCGAGGAGGGAGGCGUCUUCGGAACAGCAUCCGGCAGCACACCGUCAACUAGACCCUGUUGUAAAGCAUGCACUACUGACACGGUGCUUCCCACAAGUGCUGACACUCCGCGCCUACCUCUUGAGCAGGCUGCCGGCCUCGUCCCGGAUUCGCCGAAAGAAGCUCCGAGAGGUCGGCCUCGCUGCAGACCCCAGCCCUGUUGAGCAGCGCCUACGCCGCCUGCUAGACAACGCGCUUGUCGCAUGCUCUCACCAUGACGGUUCCGGCCAAGGAGACAAGCCGCUCGACUCACUUCCUUCUCUGCAAGACGACCGGCAACAACAGCGGCUCGCCUACAUCGAGCACAAGAGAGCAGAGGAGUCGCACGUCAUCAUCUCAAAUGCGCAGGAGGGUGUCUUUUCUCCACAGUCCGAGCCCUUAUGCAACUUGGAGCCCUUGACCAAAUUUCAAGCGACAGAACAGACAGCACGCGAUACACGUGAUGAAAAGAGCCUGUCCGACAUAUCCUUUGUGAGAAACCGCAUGUUCUACGCCAAGCCGAGCAUGGCGCAGUCUGGGGCGGUACACUUUGGAUUGAAGCAUAUUCAUGUUCUGAACCGUUUCUCUUACCGAAGCUGUCCAACCAAGAAGGUCGGCUUGCAGGAAUUGGCUGCAGCCAACAAUCAUGGCACCGUCCACAUGAUGAUGUACAUGUUUCCUCGACAAUUUGGCCUCCACAACGUCUUCACGUCUGUUGUGGAUCGUGCCACGACGGCCCAGCGAUUCCAGGAUUACACACUGCGAGAGGCCGAGAUUUCGGCCAAGUUUGGCAAAAUCGGCUGGAAAGAUCGAUCCGCUUCGGUUCGCAUUCCCAAAAGGCUAAGAGGGAUGGCCGUUCAUCUCGUCGAGAGACUUCGGAAACUCCACAAUCGAUGCUCUUACUACGAGCUUCUGCAACACUACUGCCCUGACAUUGCAUAUCAAGAGACAAGGCACGAAGUUACCUCUGCGGAGCCUGGUAGUCAUAAGGAAGAGGCCCACACUUUGGUCAGUUUAGGACAUCCGAAUCAGGAGUCCGCAUCGAAGGAUGUUGCAACAACUGGUCAAGACCCUGCGCCACAACGGCAGCAGUGCGUCCCAUAUAGUUCCAAAUCCGGACCGGAGCUGAAAAGCACGACGCCUCUGGUGGAACUUGCCACACCGCUGCAACGUGUUUCCACCUUCUGUCAGGCUGUCAUUUUAAACGUUGUUCCCAACGACUUCUGGGGCAACGGUGAGGCACAGGCGAAAAACAGGCAAGCCGUUCUCAAGAAGGUCGAUCUGUUCUUGCGGCUGCGGCGGUUCGAGACGCUCAACCUGCACGAUCUUAUGCAGGGAAUCAAGAUCUCGGACAUUCUGUGGCUAGCUCCUCCCGGACUUCGAAAGGGCAAGAUCAGCCAGACCGAUGUUCAAAAAAGACGACAGAUUUUUGCUGAGUUUCUCUAUUAUCUGUUCGACUCGUUUUUGAUACCCCUUGUCCGCAGCAACUUUUACGUCACCGAAUCCAGCAGUCACAGAAACAAGCUCUUUUUCUUCCGCCAUGAUGUCUGGCGUCGCAUCACAGAACCAGCCCUGGUGGGUCUGAAGGCCAGAAUGUUUGAGGAUAUCAAACAUGGCGAGGCUCUCCAAAUCUUGGGAUCCAGGGACCUGGGAUAUGGUCAAAUCCGCUUGCUUCCGAAACAGGCAACCGUGCGUCCGAUUAUGAAUCUGCGUCGUCGAACUGCCGUUAAGGGGGGCACGAGGCUCGGUAGCAGCGCAAACACGAUUCUGGCGCCUGUCCAAGCAAUGCUCAAGUUUGAAAUACUCAUGUUUUCUCUACUUAAGAAGCAACACCCUGAACGUCUAGGAUCCGGCAUGUUUUCGGUGGGAACGCUUUUCAAAAAGCUGAAAGAGUUCAAAAAACGCAUGGCCUCCGAGAGCCAGCACACCUUCUACCUUGCCAAGGUAGAUGUCAAGUCGGCCUUCGAUACGAUGCCACAGGAAGCAGUGGUUGAGCUGGUGCACAAACUUUCGUCUCACCGGGCAUAUUAUAUGGACAAACAUGUGGAGAUGGCAGCCCCUGAGAACAGAGGACUUGGAGGCGUCUUUAAUGCUGCGGUCAAGGGCGACUUUGUCCCGAUGCGUCGGUGGAAGACAAUAGCCUCGGCGAGCACAGAUGCGUCGGGCUUUCACGAUGUGGUGGAGAGCAGCUUGGCGACGUAUCAGCGAAAUGCCAUCUUUGCGGACACAGCCUACCGGAAACCCCGAGAUUCGGCUUCACUGGUAGGACUCGCGGCGUCCCACAUUCUUCAAAAUCUCGUCAAGAUCGGCAAGAAGUUCUACCGGCAGAAAACGGGCAUUCCGCAAGGGUCGGUCCUUUCGGCGUUGCUGUGCAACUGCUUCUAUGCGGAACUGGAAGCAGAGGAGUUGGGAUUUCUGGACGCUGACGGCAGCAAAGGCUGCCUCCUGCUGCGUCUGAUUGAUGAUUUCUUGCUGAUCACCACAGACCAGAGCAAGGCCGCUCGCUUUGUCGAGGUGAUGCACCGGGGCUUGCCGCAGUACGGUGUCGCCGUCAGCUCGGACAAGAGUCUGGUGAACUUUGACUUGCAAGGCCCUGACGGAAAGUCCGUUUCGCGAGUUGCCAACGGUGCAUGGUUUCCCUACUGUGGCCUAGUCGUCAACUGUUUGACGCUUGAUAUUGCUAAGGACUGGGAGACGAAGAAACAAGAGCAUGCACGAUCUCCCGGACAUAACUUCAAGAGGAAGAUAUUCAACGGCUUCAAGGUCCUUUCCCACGUCAUGUUCUUCGACACAGCGCACAACUCAUUGCGAACGACACUGUGCAAUGCCCAUAAGGUGUUCUCGGAUACGGCGGUCAAGGUGUGGGCAUACACACGGUGCCUGCCAAGAGAUAAACGGCCGAGCACAAGGCUCGUCAUUAGCACCAUCGAGGAACUGUCCGAGCUUGCAUAUACUGUUCUGAACGGCAGAGCCCGGCGAAUGCCCGAAUAUCAGUUUUCGGUGUUUAAACCACAGCUUCGGUGGCUGCUUCUUCAUGCAUUUUCCGGUGUGCUCGGGAAGAAACAGGCCGGCUACAGCGAUGUUCUUACGUGGAUUCGCAGUGAGAUGCACUAUUUGCGAAGCCAGCAGGACUUGCGACUACCUAAAAUAUUUAUUGAGACCUCGGUGCAGGCGUGA